GGAUAGUCGGUGGCCAAGCCAAGAUGGUCAUUCGGCCGAUCGAUCCAGAUGCAGCUCCAGCGACGCAAGGCCCGAGGCGACGCAGCGCCACCGCCACCGCCCACAGCACGCGCCCAUGACAACGCGAUCACGUCUGCGUGGUCGCGCAUGAGCUGGCGCAAGCCGCUCUCUCUCACGCGCGCCGACGAGAGCUCCAGUGAGCACCCGCACAUGGAGCGCACGCUCGGCUGCUUCGACUUGCUCAUGAUUGGCAUUGGUGGCACCGUCGGCAGCGGCGUCUUCGCCACCGCGGGCUUGAUUGCGCGGUCGUACGCCGGACCCGGCGCGGUGCUGAGCUGGAUCUUUGCCGGCCUCGGCUGCAUCCUCAGCGGCGCGUCCUUCAUGGAGCUCUCGGGCUUGAUUCCAUCAGCAGGUAGCACGUACGCGUACGCGUACCAUGCGCUCGGUGAGCUUCCGGCGAUGCUCGCAGGCAUGCUCUUGACGCUCGAGUACGGCGUCUCGAGUGCCGGUGGCGCCCGCGCGUGGAGCGACAAGCUCGCUGCUUGGCUCACGCACCUCGGCUUUCCAGGGCCCAACUGGAUGAAGCCAAAGGGCGGGUUCAUCGACCUCUACGCCGGUCUCCUCAUGAUGCUGUGCACGGUCAUUGUGCUCUGCGGCAUGUCGGCGGGGAAGCGACUCAUCAACACGAUCACGGUCACUAAGAUCUCGGUCGUCCUCUUCAUCAUUGUCGUCGGCCUCUCGCAAUUUCAAAAAUCCAACCUCCUCGAGCCGUUCUUGCCGCCGGUCGCGCGCAACGAGCACGACCAAACCGUGUACGGCUGGCCUGGCGUCAUGCUCGGCGCGAGUGCCAGCUUUUACGGCUACAUUGGCUACGACGAAGUGUGCUGCUUGGCGGCUGAGGCCAAGAACCCGACGCGGGACAUUCCCCGGGCGGUGUUUGGCACGGUCAUUGGCGCCGCGCUUCUCUCGACAAUGGCCACGUUGUCGCUCGUCGGCAUGCAAAAGUACUCUGCGAUCGACAUUGGCGAGUCGUACGGCACGGCAUUUCACGAGCUGGGCAUGUCGUGGGCGGCUUCGGUGGUCGAGACGGGCGAAGUGCUCACGAUGCCUGUCGGUAUCCUCAUUGGGUUCCUAGCCCAGCCCCGGGUCCAGUUUGCAAUGGCGCGCGAUGGCCUCCUUCCGUCGAUCUUUGCCAAGCUCGAUCGCCACGGCAACCCGUUCUUUGGUACGCUCAUCUGCGGCAGCGUCUUGACUCUGGUGGCGGUUUGCAUCCCCUUCAAGUACCUCUGGGACUUUAUCUCGCUCGGGAUUCUUGUCGCGUUCAACGUCACCAACACGUGUCUCCUCGCAGUGCGCUACCGCCACAGCAGCAUGGUCUCCCCCGUGUCGCGACUCGUACCCGAAGCCUACCGCGUCUUUGCCCUCAUCGGCGCCUUUCUCAUGGCUUCGUACCUCUCAGCCUACCACGUGCAAGAGAGCCUGCUCGCCCCGCGCGACCUCGACGAGUCGCUGCACCAGCGCUACAUGCACGCUUUUGGGACAACAGGCGCAGUCAUUUUUACCUUACUCACUGGUGUCACGGUGGGCAUGCUGGCACUGAGUACGCCGACACCAGCGGACUUGCUGCCGAAAGAAAGUCCCGAGAACAUUCAGACGCUGCCCGAUACGCCGAGCACGGUCGUCUCGUCGUCGACAACCGACACGGACAGCCUUAUCAUGCGCGACGACGAGGACGAGGACGUUGUCGUGGUCGACGCGGCCAGCGUCGCUCCACUGGACGACAAUGACGGGAGCGAGGCGAGCGACGACGCCAAGACGGAGGCGUUCAAGGCGCCGCUCGUGCCGCUCUUCCCGUGCCUUGCGAUUUGGUUCAACUGGUUUCUCGCGAUCCAGAUCCCGUCGUUGAUUGUGCUGCUCAUGGGCGUCUACUUUGCACUUGCGAUCGCCAUCUACAGCUUCUACGGGCUUGGCGGCCAGCACUCGCUCGCGUCUCGUCACGGCGCCCAGCCGUACGUGGCGGUGCCCGAGACGCUCUCGGCCUAGUUGUUGUUGAGACAACGCGCUAACAUUGUCGUUUUGUCAUCGUUGGUGGUACCCUCGAA